ACGUUUAAUUUAUUAUUCUCGAGAUAAAUUAUCAAUGAUUUCAAAUGGGCAUGAAAUUAAAACUUGACAUUUAACAAUUGCCAAGACUGUAUGCUUCAUAUAAGAGUGAAGGAGUUUAUACGGGAUAGUAAUGAUAAAAGGUAUGGAUCACCAAAUUUCUAAGCCUAAUGCCCCUUUAGAGGCUCAUAACAUGAGAGGAAUGACCAUCAGAAAUAGCGUGGAAAAGCUAGAAUGCGAAAAAAGACAGAAAAUUAUUGAAAAACAGAGAAGUUACUUUGUUCGUCAACAUUCCAGAGAUGAAAAUGAAAUUAAGCAGAUAUUACUCCGCCUACAACAGGAACAAGAGACAAUGCACGAUGAACAGGAAGACUCUACAGUUCACACAGAGGCUGAAACGAGUACAAUGUGUGACCCUGAUAAAGAGUCUAGUGAACGGGAUGAAGUUGUCAAUCCUUAUCCACUGGUCAUCGUACCUAAAUACGGAUCACCCACCCCACUGAAAAACAAAACCAGGGACGAGACAGGCAGUCCUCCAAGAGUCACCAACAAAUCUGACAGUAAUGAUCAGCCAAACAAGUCUUCAAAAUUUCGAGCCACAGUUAUUGCCGCAUCAUUUAUUAAUAAAUUGCAUGCUCCUAUAGCUGCAAGAAAAGGUGGGAAGAGCCCUUUCAAAGAAGGAGACAAUGCAUUAUGGGUCGGUGACCCAGAAUACAUUUCCUCCAUUCGCAGACCCCGGAAGUCGAUUACUGACAUGAAUCAUCAGAAAAAUAUUUAUCGCGCGAAAUCCGACCUCCACAGGUUUGAAGUUAACAAUCCAUCAUCACAAAGUGGUUCAACAGUCAACUUAAGAGGGGAAACCCCGAGGUCCAAACACAGAGACAAUGUUGGAGAACUACAUAUCACGUCAAACACCUCCCCUGAUGAAAUUAUUUCACAGGAAAUUGAAACUUCACCAAAAUUUAUUCGAAAACUAUCGAAAGAGAGACAGACAUUUGAAAAGACCCACAGUAAUGCCAUUUUCGGAGCAGAAUUGAACAAGUCACCAAGAUCAAGAAGAGGUUCAUUAGAGAAGUGUACAAGGGCGAAGUCAAAUGUUGAGCGAAAUCAACUCUGUAGUAGGAGAUCUAAAAGUCGUCAAGAUUUGCCAAAAUCAGAUGAUACCGACGGUCAAAAACUCCUUUCAGUUGGGGAGAAAACACAAACCCGAAAGUCGUCAUUGAAAAAGAAGAAAGAGGACAACGAUGCGACAACAGAUAGGCCAAAGAAAAUUUCUUUUGCAGAUGAAUCAAUACCCAAAAGAAGUGGGUCCUUAAAGGAGAGAAAAGCUGCUGUUUCCGGUCGCCCAAGGUCCUCUUCUGGAAGUACAUAGCAGUUGUUUGGUUUAUAUCAGGUGAAAUUAAGAAUUACCUAUAGAAGCAAGAGCAAAGAAGAGUUUUUCUAGUGGUAUAUACUCUAUCU